AGCAGGUAGAUGGGUAACAACCAGAGGUAGAGGUAGUAAGAGGAAGAGAAAACUGGUUGGUCGACCGGCGUCGUGGUGGGAGCUUACGAAGCUCGGGUCAUUCGAAAAUGUGUUUCGUGUGAGAGGAGAGAGCGUUCCGCGUUUGCACGAGAGAGCCGUUUAUCCACGACCGCACAGUGAAUCAUCGAAUACCUUACGUCACCUGAAAUUACAUUACACCUGCAACAUAAGUUGAUAUCAAUAAAUUGCAGACAACGUGGGACGAAGAAGAAGAAGAAGUAGAGUAACUGCAAGAAAAUGAAUCCAGCGUGCUUGGCGGUACUCUUCCUCUCGGUCUUCCUCAUAACUCCAUCUCUUGGAAUCAAAUGCUAUAGAUGCACGGGGACGGACGACGACGAUCCCUUCCAAUGCAACGAAUGGCUCGAUAGCGACAUCGAUAUUGUGCCAAAGGGUUGCGAUGAUGUCUACGAUGCUAAAUACUGCAUCAAGCAUACCGGUCGAUUCGAAGCGGAUGCCAUCAAGUGCUUCCAAUGCUCGGCCGGUCAGAGCAUCAACUGCUCCGACGGCAUGAUACAGCUUGGCGGUCUGGUGCCGGAAGGCUGCGAUCAGGUCUUCGAGGCACAGUAUUGCGUUAAAUCCACGGGACUCGCUGGAGGAAUCGGAGCGAAAAGAUUCUGUUCGUCGCUGGAUCUCGGAAACUACUGCAACUACGUGAAGCAGCCCGGAGAUAACCUGGAGUUCUACAGGACGUGCGUCUUCACCUGCUCAGGAGACGGCUGCAACGCGUCGAGCACACUCCAAUCCGUUCCGGCCUUCGUGCUCCUCCUCUUCGCAGCAGUUUUAUACACAGCCAUUUCACGAUAAUCACAAGUCUGAUAUUGUUCUAGAGAGUCUCAAAAAUCCUGUAAAUAUAGAAAUAUUCCGAUCCUGGAUUAAAAUAAGCUACGCUAAUAACCUAUGAACACGUAGAGUAAGCUAAGGGAAAUAGAACGAUAAGCUAUGGAAAAUAGAACACAACGUAUUUUACUUGGGAUUGGGAUUAUGUUAUAAAAAUUUUACAGUUACCAUUGUUAAAAGUGUUUUUUUUUUGUUUCGUUUCUUAUUUUUUUUUAUUAUUACAAAUACGGUAGGCAAAAUAAUAAUAUUUAUAUAUUACAUAUCUCCUUCUCCUCCUCUGAUCCUCACAUCCUCAUUACGUCACUCCUCCUUCGAUAAAUGGAAUUAAUGCGAUUAAUAAAAAAUAUAUUGUAUAAUAUAAA